UGUUCCCGCCGCAGAUGGAGGGGGUGAAGCUGAUCGUCACCAAGACCCUGAGCAGCCACUUCCAGGUGACACACACGGUGCACAUGAGCACCCUGGGCCCCUCCGGCUAUCGCUUCAACGCCACCUUCGUGGGGGACCGCCAGCUCGGGCCCACUGAGGUGACACCGCGGGUGGCAGCGGGCUGGCCGCGGGGUGGUCACGGGUCUGCGGUCACCCCAAAGCCACCGGUGGCCACCGGGGAUGUGGGGUCACCGUGGUCAUCUCUGGCCCCGGGUGGCUUUGGGGUCAUUG